GGACUAGGACGACUGCUAUGCUGCUGCUAUUUGGUUAGUUGGGUGGCUAGUUUGGUUGGGAGGUUGGCUUUAGGAUUGUUGCAAGGAUAUCAUUAUUACUUAACUCUUUUAGCUUAGAGUUAUAUGGGUGUGUUGUUCCAGUUACUCAAAGUUAGUUCAGUCGAGAUUCAGUCUCUUGUUGGUGGUUAACAGAUUUGUUUCCACCACUCGACAAUUGAAUACACAUUCAAUUAAAAACCAAUGGAUUCGAAAAUUGAUUUUUUAUCGCCAUCAUCAUCCACCCGCUGUACAUGCGCCUUCCUUGCGGACAAGGUGACGAGGUGGGAGGUUCGCUGAAAACGUGCCCCAAAUAGUGGACAAUUAAUGAAUGGAAAAUUUAGCGUGGGGUGAAAGUGGACAAAAAAGUGGAAGCUCGAGACGAGAGAGAAAGUUGGAGCAGUAAUUACAUCGAGUUGAGAGCGAGAGAGGCGAGCGAGUGGGUACAGAAAGUGCGAGUUGAGAAAGAAAAUGUGUGUGUGAGGUGUUCGUUUCUCUAUUUCGUGGAGUCAUUUUGAGUCGUGACAAAAGUGAAAGUAAACGGUUAUUUGCACACGUUAAAAUUUUAAGUGUUCAUUUCGAGUAAAAUCGGUUUGUUUGCCCACUUUCCCACUUUUACCCAACAUGUCCAACGCAUUGUUUAAUGAGUACAAAUUGGUUUUACCAAUAGUAUAUGAAAACCAAUAUGACUUUUGACAAAGUGGAAACCGGGUGUGUAUAAAUUGAGAAUAUAAUAAUCUAUAAUUGAACGUGUAUAUGUGAUAAAGUAGAUACACACAAAAUAUUCUAAAUGUUACUACUAAACGUGCCAUCCUCAAGCAAUGAAUCUAUUGACACAGAAGAAGAAGACUCCUCCACGGAGAACGAUAACAACAACUCGGGCACGAACCACCCCCAUCUUUUCAAACGACCCUCCUCCCACUCCUCAACCCCUCCACCAUUGAGCCCAACCUCGGACAAGUAUAAUAAUUCCCCCCUGAUUCUUACCACGUCACCGACUGCCUCCACGAUAAUUCGUGUCCCUCGCCCGAUGCGACCACCGAAUCAAAACCCGCACUACCCGCACCACCCCCCGCACGGCCACCACCACGGCCUCCUCAACCAGUCAUUCAUCAACAACAACCUUUUUGGGGCGAGCAGCGCGGCGGCGGUGGAGACGAGCAAGGCGUUUCUUUACGCGGCGGCUGCUGCGGCGGCGGCGGCCGUGGCGAGUGCGAGCGUUCGCGGGGUCGUUGGCGAUGGGGACGGCGGUGGGGGCGGCGACGGGGGGAGUAAUAACAAUAAUAAUCACAAGGGGUUUGGGGGCAGCAAGUUUCCGUCUAGUCAACAUCUCAUUAAUAAUUGCCAUGGUGAUAGUUACCUUCAAAGUAUUAUAAAUAGAGGUUGCCUUCCCACCACAUCUCCGAAUGGUCUUGGACUCUCGGCCCCACCUCAGCCGUCGUCGGGGGGAGGAGGGGGAUCCCUUCAACCUCCACCCUCGUCGUCAUCCCUCGAUCAAAAUGAACCAAACCAAAGCAAUAGUAACAACAGUACAAGUCUGAGUAAAAAUUACCAAGCGGAAUACUACCAAAACACGGCGUCCUCCCUUCUCAAUAAUAUGACUCUGCUAAUGAACCAUCACAACCAUCAUGGGACGAGUGGGACAAACCAUUCCGCCGCAGCCGCCGCCAUGACCCACGGUCAGCAGUUCCUCAUUCAAAACCAACAAAAGUCAUUUGCCAAUCACCUUCCCAAAUCCUACAAAAUUCAAGACCUUCUGGACAACUCGGAAUUUUCGGAUGACGAUGACGAUUUGAUGGAAGACAAAAAUGCUAACAGCUCCAACAGCAGGAGACGAAGUCGCACCAACUUCAGCUCGUGGCAAUUAGAAGAGUUAGAAAGAGCAUUCCUGAGUUCACACUAUCCAGACGUCUUCAUGAGGGAAGCUCUUGCCUUACGACUUAAUCUGAAGGAGUCACGCGUGGCGGUUUGGUUUCAAAAUCGUCGUGCAAAGUGGAGGAAGCGUGAACAUACGAAGAAAGGCCCAGGACGUCCAGCUCAUAACGCCCACCCACAAACCUGCAGCGGAGAACCCAUCCCCCCGGACGAGCUACAAAGAAAGGAACAACUCCGACGCGAAAAGAAGAUGCUAAAAUCACUGGAGAAACAUCAAGCAAAAUUGGCCGCCCGUGGUGUGCACGUUGAGCUGGACGUGUUAAAACGUGAACUUGAAGCGAAACGAUUAAACGGUGGGAAAAGGGAUCGAAAAAACAACCAGGGUCAUGACCUUGCAAAUAAUAAUAAUAGCAACAGUGGAAGCUCUGGCAAUAAUCAUUCGAAUGAUAAUAAUAAUACGUCCUCGUCUCAUACAAAAUUUUUGUCAAUGUCAAUGUCGGAGGAUGAAGAUGAUGAUGACGACUCGGAUGAUGAUUCACAUUCUCAUCAUGAUCACAGAGAAAGCAGCGAAAUAGUUAAAGGUGGUACGAAUAGUAAUAUGACGACGGAGAAAAAGUCCGUCGGUCACAACAACUCUAAUUCUAAUAAUAACAAUAAUAAUAAUAAUAAUAAAAUUACAUUCAGUAUUGACAGUCUUUUAAAGAGAAAUCAGUGCGAUUGAGUUAGUCAACUCAACAAGUAAAUGCCACUUGAUCAAUUAAUUUUAAUAUAUCUGCACUACACUACGUUUUACGAUGGUUGAAAUCAUUUUAGAAAAUGGUUAUGACGAAAUCGAAAUCUCACGACGACCAUUUUCAGAUAUUUUGUGUGUUGGUUGGUAGACUCAUAUAUUUAUUUUGGAGGUGUAACGAAUCCCAAAGACAUUUUUUAUUAUCUACAUAAAAUUAAUAAAUAUUUAAUUUCUACUCAGAAAUAGUUGUGCAAUAAUUACACAGAAUUUUUACGGAAUGGAACGUAUAUUUAAAAUACAUAUCGGGUUGUCAUUAAAUCAAAGUAAGAGAUCUCAGUUUUAUUUUAUACACAAAAAAUCAAAAUGGUAUUCACCAUUCUACUCUCGUUACAUGCAUAGCUUUACAUAUUAUGAUUUUUUAAGGGACAUACCAAACAAUACAAUCGAUUGUUUAAAAGACUGUUUUGGAGUAUAUGUAGUGCGCAGUGCAACACAUUGUAGGGUUGUUAUUUGAUUGUUAAUUGUGCUAACCAAUUUGAGUUACAGUUAAUAAUAUUCCAUUGUUAUUUGAAGCAUAAUAAUGCCACUUAAUCAUCUCCACAAUUCAAUGAAAGUCAAUUUGCAAUUUUAAUUAUAGAAAAAAAUAAUAAAGGCA